UAAAUCAGUUUUGUUUUUUGUACCGUUUUGCAAACACUUUUUACAGAACGACCGAAAGGUGGAGUCUUCAAAUGAGCUGUCAAAACAUUGGCGUUGCGGGUCUCACGGUGCGCCAGUCUGACAGUGUGCACAUCCCGGCUCCUGCGACCGAGGCUCCCAGACGAGCAGAUUCACUCCGGUCCGCUCCUCAUCGCCUCCGCUCCGGUCGGGGACCAAGCCCGGGGAUUUGUCUUCAGUUCAGCUCGCCUGACGGUCCCGCGCCUGUGGUUUAGUCGUCGCCACAUUACUACUAACAGGUCUGGCUGGUGGAGACUGACUGAAAUGGACCAUUGUGGACUCCUGCUUAACUUAGAAUAGAUCCAUAGGCUGGUCUCCAUGUUGAGGCUUGUGAAGCUUCGUCCAUGAGAGGCCUGGGGAGAGUCGACGAGUGAGGAGCUCACGAGCCAGUAUCUCCCGUCUCACCCACACUCUCACCUGAGAGCGAUGGGCAAGGAGCAGGAUCUGCUGGUGGCUGUGAAGACCGGGGAUCUGCUUCUGACCCACAAGCUGCUCACCAAAGUCAAGUGCAGCCGGACAAAGUUGCUGGGGUCAACCAAGAGACUCAGUGUCAACUACCAAGACUCAGAUGGCUUCUCUGCCCUGCACCAUGCGGCCCUCAGUGGCACCGUGGAGCUGCUGUCUCUGCUGCUCGAGGCCCAGGCCAUGGUGGAUAUACGGGACGUCAACGGCAUGCGGCCCCUCCACUACGCGGCCUGGCAGGGGAAGGCUGACUCUGUGCUGGUCCUGCUGCGGGGGGGCGCCGCGGUUAACCUAGCGUCCCAGGACGGCCAGGUCCCCCUGCACCUCGCCGCCCAGUAUGGGCACUAUGAGGUGUCUGAGAUGCUACUCCAGCAUCAGUCCAACCCAUGUCUGAUGAACAAGAUGAAGAAGACGCCUCUAGACCUGGCCUGUGAGUUCGGCAGAGUCAAGGUGGCUCAGCUCCUGCUGAGCAGCAACAUGGUCACAUCACUGUUGGAGGGGGAGGGGCGGGACCCUCAGGACUCCGCCUCCACCACGCCCCUCCACCUGGCCGCCCGCAACGGACACAGAGACGUCAUCAGGUUGCUGCUGAAAGCCGGCAUCGACAUCAACUGGACCACCAAGGCCGGGACCUCUCUGCAUGAGGCCGCCCUCUACGGGAAGACGGAAGUAGUGCGCCUGCUUCUUGACGCGGGCGUCAACGUCAACACGCGCAACACGUACAACCAGACGGCCCUGGACAUCGUCAACCAGUUCACCACCAGCGGCGCCAGCACAGAGAUCAAGCAGAUGCUACGAGAUGCUUCCGGCUCUCUGCAGGUGCGUGCCGUGAAGGACUACUGGAACCUCCACGACCCCACUGCCCUGAACCUGCGGGCAGGGGACCUGGUCGUGGUGCUGGAGCAGCACUCUGACGGUCAGUGGAAGGGCCACGUCCAGGACGGGCAGCGAGGGACGGAGCGCAUCGGCUUCUUCCCCCCGUCGGUGGUGGAGGUGCUGAGCAGGAGAUCAGGAGGCGGGACCCUUUCCCGCCAGGCCUCGUUGCCAUGCCAACGCAAGCACUUCCUGUCUAGAGCUCCCCAAGCUAGCCUGGGCACUGGGCCGCAAAGCCAGGAGUUGAUGCGUGCUCUCUGCUACCAGCAAGAAGGUGCUCCACAUGGCAGUGAGCUCUCACCUCCAGCUAGUCCCGCUAGUCCCACUGAGGACGUGUGGGUCCUCCGGGGUAACCCCCCCACUGGUGAUGACAGGAACAGUGUUGGGAGCUCCAGCAGUGUGGGCAGCAGCCGUAGCGCCGGCAGCGGCCAGAGCUCCGAGAACUCCAAGCACAGCAGCUCCCAUGGGCGAGAGAGAAAGCUGGCUCCCUCUGCUGGUGAAACAGGAGACUCACACCACACCACGCACCAAGACGACAGCUCCACAGGAGGAGUCCCCCGCCGACCGGCCAACGGAGUCCCUCAGCUGGGCUUCAUGAGGCCGGAGCAGCUGCUGGAGGGCAGGGACUCUGAGGCCAUCUACCAGUGGCUGCAGCAGUUCCAGCUGGAGCAGUACACGGCCAACUUCGUCACCGCGGGCUACGACGUGCCCACCAUCAGCAGGAUGACCCCCGAGGACCUGACGGCCAUCGGGGUGACCAAGCCCGGCCACCGCAAGAAGAUCUCCAGUGAGGUGGUCCGACUGAGCGUCCCCGAGUGGCUGCCCGACUACAUCCCUGCGGAGCUGGGGGAGUGGCUGGGUGUGAUCGGGCUGCCCCAGUACCAGAAGAGGCUCUGUGAGAACGGCUACGACUCCAUCCCCAUCGUCAAGGACAUCACCUGGGAGGACCUGCAGGAGAUAGGCAUCACCAAGCUGGGGCACCAGAAGAAGCUGAUGCUGGCGGUGAAGCGCCUCAGCGACCUGCAGCGGGGCCGUCACCCGGGCAACCAGGCGGGGGGCGGGACCCUCCGCAGGAACCCCGCCGCCGCCGCCGCCGCGCUGGAGCUGCUGGCCAUCGAGCACAGCGGCCUUCGGUCCCCCGAGACCCCCUCGCCGCGCGCCCCCAGGGCCCUGGCCUCCUUCCAGGACAGCGAGCUGAGCGCCGAGCUGCAGAGCGCCAUGACGGGCCGGGCGGCGCCCGGGGGGCUGGUGGGGGGCGAGGCCUUCGCCCUCCGGUCGGCGGCGCUCAUGUCCGACAGCCUGGAGAGCAUCGGGACGCGGUCCCGCGGGUCGGGGAAUUCCGGGAAUUCCAAUUCCGGGAAUCCCCAUGCGGGGAUCCCUGCGGACGCCCGGGCGCUGGCGCUGGUGUUGCCCGGCGCCGCGCGGCUCUCCCAGGAGGCCCUGGAGAGCGGGGGGGAGAGGGGGAGGCGGCCUGGGGGAGGGGAGAGCCCGGGGAGGCGGAGCCACACCCCCACCCGGCUGAACUACGUCCCGCUCACGCCCCCGCUCACCCCCAGCAAGAUGCCCCGCUUCGCCCUCCCGGGGGGGGACCCCAGGGGCAGGGCGGUGCUCUACCAGCCUGUCUCCACCCCCCCCUCCCCCGGACCCCCGGCCUCACCCGGUCCCCAGGCUUCCUCCGGACCCCAGGCAUUCAGCUACCUCCAGCCCCAAGGAGCGCCCGCGGGAACGCUCAGGGGAGCGCCCGGGCAGGGGGCCGGGGGAGGGCUCCCGGGCCCCCGCCCCGGUCAUAUGGUGCCCCAGCCGGGCCACCGGCACCAGGCCGUGGUCCGGCGGGACGCGGCCAAGACGCGCUCCCAGAGCCUGACGCGCUACGCCCCGUCGGACGCCGACCACGACGACGAGGGCCUCCACCGUCACCUCGACAACCACCUGACCCGGGUCCCGUGCUCCUCCUCCUCCUCCUCCACCACCCCCAACUCCUCCUCCGUGCCGUCGUACGCCACGCUGGGGCGCCGCGGGGGCCGUGGCGCCCCGCCCGCAGAGAGUGAAGAGCGGCCCAAGCUCAACCGCAGCCAAUCCUUCGCCGUGCGCUCCCGCCGCAAGGGCCCGCCCCCGCCCCCGCCCAAGAGGAUGAGCUCGGUCACCGGCGGCCCAGGGGCGGAGCUUAGCUUGUUUGAUGGGCUGGAGCCUGGCCUGUUUGUCGGGACGGAGUCCAACUCGUCGCUGGUGGCGCAGGCGGAGGGAGAGAUUGUGCGUACCGUUCGGAGCAUCGCCGCCCGGCUAGAGGGAGGGGGCGGGGCCAGACCUGAGGGAGGAGGCGUGGCCAGGCCGGAGGGAGGGGGUGUGCCCAGGCCUGAGGGAGGAGGCGGGGCCAGGCCGGAGGGAGGGGGCGUGCCCAGGCUUGAGGGAGGGGGCGUGGCCAGGGAGGGAGGGAGGAGGAGCGCCACGAACACGGCCAGCGCCGCCGACACGAUCGCCAGGAACGCCAGCCCUGCUACCGUGGGCUCCCCGAGGCGGAGCGCCGGCCUCGGCCUCCCCUUCGCGGAGGAGGGCAACCUCACCAUCAGGCAGCGGCCCCGGCUGGCGUCGGGGCCCAGGCAGGACUCGGACCCCGAGGCCGCGGCCCCUCCGUCGGAAGGCCCGGCGCGGAGCCCACCCAAGACCCUGGACCUCCCGGAGUUCAACCUCAAAGAGUCGGACACCGUCAAGAGGCGGCCCAAGUACCGAGACCGGGACGGGCAGACGCCGGAGGGGCCGGUCACGCCCACCGAUGACUCAGAGGGCGGGUCCUCGCCCACGAGUGGCUUCGGCGGCGGUGGCGGCGGGAGAGGACCUCCCGUCUCCAGCAAACCUUCCAGCCUGAGGACGCCGGCCUCCCCGGGCCCGCCCAGACCCCCCGGCGGUGGCGGCGCCCUCUCGCCGCGCCGCACGUCCAUCCCCACGCUCACCAGCGUUCAGGUGCACACGGUCUCGCCGCAGCUCGGCGCCCAGCUCCAGUCCUACGGGGCCGCCGCCACCGCCCCGAGACCCGCCGGGCCGGCCCCGCCCGUGAGGCCCCCCGGGCAGCAGCAGGACGCCGCCGCCGCCGCCGCCGCCGCCGCGGGCCGGCAGAGGGCCUUGUCCCGACUGCCCCAGCUAGGCACAGCCACAGGUCCGGGUAGUCCACCGGCUCUGAACAUCAAGGCAGCCAGGAGCGUCACCUUCACCUCCUCCUGCUCCUCGCCCUCCUCCACCUCCCCUCCUCCUCCCUCCAGCCUGGCGUUCCCCGGGGCCCUCCUGGCCCAGAGGAGGCUUGAGGAGACCAGCACGUCGCUGGAGGCGGCUCUGAAAGAGGUGGAGACCAAGCUGGCUCAGGACGGACACGUCGAAGGGACCAGUGGCACCGUGAACAUCCUGGAUGACAUCGGCAACAUGUUUGACGACCUGGCCUAUCAACUUGACGCCAUGUUGGAAUAGCGACCGGUAUGGUUCACAUUGGGGUUCACUAUCUUCAUGUAAAAGAGCAAAGGACCACAGGGACACUGGGCUGAGGGAGACACUUUCUGAAAUGCACCCGCCGGGGCACAGAGGUGGUAGUAUUGACUCUUCAACUUGAGCACUUGGGUUUAAGACAGCCAGCACGGAGGGUGCAGCUGUCUGAACCACUAAAGGGAACACAAGGGUAUUUUGUGUUGUUAUGUUGUCCGUCUGUUUGUUAUCGUGUGUUACCUGUACCGUUUAGGUCUUUAGGUAUAAAGAUGUAUCGUAGUUUGUCACUGGGUAUGUCUGCGUUAUGUGCGGAUAUCUUACUGUAAAUAAGUUAAAUAACUGACUAUAUUUAUACUGCAGAUGUGUACUGGCUGUUGUUACAAAGGGACUGUCUAUGGAUGAGUUUGAACAGUCAAUAUGGAUAAGACUGAAUAAGUCAAGACAUUAAUAUGAAUUUACAUUUUUUUUGGGAAGUCCGGAAUAUAUUUUGUUUGCUGCUCUGUCAUAUGGAAAAUAUAUAUGCAAAUUAAUAUCAGUAUAGCACCAUAUAAUACAUGAACUGUCAUGUGUUGAGAUAUUUUAUCUUUUUUUUUUUACCAAAGAUAGUCAUGCCUUUACUCACUAGGGGGCAACGUAUUUAGUCCAAAGUAUGUGUGCGUGUACGUGGGAGAGACGUGCUCACAUGAUUGUUUGAGACAGUGUGUGCACUUGCAUGAGGGUCAAGAUGUUCUUUAAGGCGAUAUCUUUGUAGGUGCUACUGCUCUGUGAUAUGAAUACGAUAGACAGAGGCUUCUGGCCAACCUCGAACACGCUCUCUGGGAAGAGGUCACUGAGGUGGGGACUCAGCAAUGGCUUGUUCACCUGACGGCCAUCUUGGUUCCAUCCUCAUUAAGUUUCUCCUCCCAGCUCGGUUUUAGAACCAAGAUGGCCACCAAGUGACCAAGGCCCAUUGGCCAAUUUCCCAUUCAUUUCUCAAGCCAAUGAUUAUUCCAAAUACAGAGUUUAUUAUUUAUUGAAAGUUGUCCAUGUCUGUGUGGUUAUGUUCUCCUUUAGGAGUCCAAAGAAGGGUUCAGGACGAGUAUGAAACUGUUUACAAAGGUUCCGCACAAAAUCCACUUUCAUUAAUUUCCUUUGCUUGAUUACUCUACUGUCAAACAACCGAAGAGUGAACUGCAAUAUUCGUUUUGUGAUUGAAGUCCAUUCUAUUCCCCAUCAGUUUCUUUUUCAAAUCUUUAUUGUUCGUUACUUCUAAGAAAAAUGUCAUGAUGCGACCAUAAACGCAUGUCAUUUUAGUUUUAGUUCGGGAUGUUAACAAAAAAGAUGGCACAAAUGUUUCGGCUGUAAUUGAUACAAAAUAAAUAUUUUGUACUUAUCCGUGUCAAGAUUGAACGUCAUUAAAGAUGAGACAUUUCUAAAGAGCGGGUGGUGUUGUGUUGAUAGGUUUCAAUGAUACAACCACAUGAAAACAAAUGUAAUUAAGAUGCGUUUUUAAUCCAUGUCAAUGUAAGGUGACAGCACUCUUGGAACACAGAAGUUCUCCUUCAGAGCAGACGCUUAUAUCCCAAGCACUGCUACUCUCCCACACAUUCACUUUUCAGUUUAGUUUAC